CCAGCGUCAAUCAAAAAGGCUUACAAGUUCUAAAGAGAGAAUGUGAAGAAAAAGUGUCAAUUUCCGUGAAACCUCUGGAACAUUCCAUAGGAAACAACCGUGUAACCAAGCCAGUACUAAAGGAGGAGCUUGCUUUACAGAACUGGACCAAUCAAAUGAAGACUCGUAGGCGCAACCAGCGCUUUCUUGCCAGGAAAUUGAAUUGCCACAUAGACCAGCUCCUUAUGCAUAAGAGUGACCAAUACCUGCAGAAGAAGGCAUUUGUAGACCAGCUUGAAUGCAUCUUACACCACAAUGAGCCAGACGUUUGCUUCUGGAAACAAGAGGAACAAAUUGGCUCUAAGCAGAUUGCUGCCACUCUAACAAGAUCAGAGAGAGGUUUCCCUCCAUUGUCACCGGUCAUGAGUGGCGAUGCAGACUCAUUCAUGUCAGAGAAAGGAAAGUCAUUUAAAUUGGAACCAGUCAAACUGGCUGAUUCGGAGUACUGCAGACAAGUUCUGGCUGUUGUAGGGCAGCAAGGUGGGAGAAUAAUGAUUGCAAACCAAGAACUUUUCAAGCAGCUAGAGAUACUUGGGCAUUCCAUUAUACUGAAUACAAACCAGACAAAUGAGGCUGAUGGCAAGGGGGAGCAUUCAGGCUUUUCAAAGGGAGGCAAUUUGAGAGAAGUGGAGUAUCUCUUGCCAGACAAAUGUGAUGCAAAUGAAACACCACAUGACCUCUACAUGAAAUUGAAAAACUCCUGGAUGGAGGGCCAGCCCAAAGAAAGUAUGAAAGGACCAGCCCUUUGUAUUGGUGGAACCAUCUUGACCUAUAGAGGUAACCAUAGCAACAAAAGUGACACUUCUCCCAAAGACAAAAUCAUAUUUGAGAGGAGUGUAUUCUUCAGCGACAAUGUCACACAUUUCAAGUCAUUUGAGCACAGCAACAAACAGAGGUAUAAAAUAGCCAGGCCCAUUAUAAUUCAAAAAGAUGUGACAGGUUUCCAUAGCAACCAAAAUGCAAGUGCAACAGGGUUGUUUAGCAACAAGAGUGCGAGUGGCUCUGGACUUACUGGCUACCAAAAUGCAAGUAAAUCAGGUUUCCAGAACAACCAAAAUGCAAUUGACUCUGAAUUCCCCAGCAACCGUAGUUCACGUUUAUCAGGUAACACAAUGGGUGUUGAACUAGUAAUGAACGAAUGUGUUGAUGGAAAGCAGAACCAAUGUUCUCAAGGUCAAGAUGAUGCAGUUGCUAAGGAAACCAUUAUCAUGAUGACAGGAAAAGUUGGGAAGGUCCUCAGGGCUCAUGCUGUGAUUGAAAACGUAGGAUCAACAGCUGUCAAAUUCAACUGGCUGAAAGCUCACCAGCCUGUCAACUUUGGUGUCACCCGGAAACAGAGAAGGCCUUUCUAUUUUAAUGACAAUGAUGGUGUCAUUCUUCCAAGGGACAAAAUCUACGUGCCCAUGCUUUUCAAAACCGUGGGAACCUGGGAUUUUCACAGAGACGUGGCUACUUAAAACGAUCCCUGAAUUAGAACUUGGAGCAAAAAUCAAGUUUAUGUUCAAAGUUGUCGUGUCAGACGAUAAGCCCUACCAGCAAGAUAUUUUGGAUGUUGAGAACAUCAUUUCCAAACGACAAAUCCAAACGAUCUGUCUAAAUAUAGCCCAGAAAAUCAUCAAUGACGCCAUUU